GUCGUGGAUGGACGCUUGUUCCCCCUCUCCCUCAAUGUUACGAAACUUAUCCGACAGUUCGAUUUUAAAUUCUAAGUUCUUAAUUUAAAUUCAUUUUUUUUCUGCGUGGCCGGUGUUGACUGUUAAAGUUUUUAGUGUACUUUUUUAUUGUUUAUACUGUGAUUUAGCAAGAUAGGUGCUCAAGGAAGCUCAUUGACUGGUCGAAAUGGUUUAUUCGGAGUGAAUGUACCUAUGCAACGGUAGUGAUCUGAAUUGGACAUUAUGCUAUUAUCAUAUCAAGAGAUUGUUAGGCAUCCUGAUGCCAUUUUAUGAUGACAUGGCCGCGGAUCCGAGUAUGAAUUUCACCUUCAAUGCAUCAGCGAAAUGGCUAAUCGAGGCUUCCCUCGGCGUUGAAAACCCCAACACGCUCUUGGACAAAUUCUCACAGAACAGGAAGGUCGAUGACCCGACUCGAUCCCUGCUCCUCACGUUUUAUGGCAUCCUGGUAGUCAUCGGCGCUGUUGGGAAUGCCCUCGUUGUGCUAUCUGUGGUCAAAAAGCCAGCCAUGCGAACGGCCCGCAACAUGUUCAUAGUGAACCUAGCGGUGUCCGACACGCUGGUCUGCUGUGUCGGCACUCCGCUGACCCUCAUGGAGCUGCUGACGAAGCACUGGCCACUUCCCGACUGGCCCAGCCUGUGUAAAGCAUGUGGAGCAAUACAGGCCAUAUCCAUAUUUGUCUCCACUAUAUCAAUCACUGCUAUUGCCUUGGAUCGCUACCAGCUGAUCGUGUAUCCAACCCGACCCGGCCUUCAAACAAUGGGAGCUCUCAUCACCAUGUUCUUCAUUUGGGUCACCGCCUUCACCCUCGCAUCUCCUCUCUAUAUCUUCAGAAGCCUCAAGACUCACAAAGUCGGCCUCAUUGGAAUGGACGUCCUCAGUUUCUGCAUAGAAGACUGGCCCAUCUCCAAUGGUCGAGCUAUCUACUCUCUAUUUAGUUUAAUAUUCCAAUACGUUCUUCCCGUACUAGUAGUUGUUAUGGCACACGUACAAAUACACAGAAGAUUACGUGGUAGACGAAGAACCACUAGAAAAACACCAGCUAUUCUUAUAGCGAUAGCUGUUACGUAUGUUAUAAGUUGGAUGCCUUUGAAUGUGUUCAACCUGGUGGCCGACUUCAGUGAGGACGCUAUCCUGGAUGAGAAGACGUUGACGAUAACGUAUGCUGUAUGCCAUAUGUUUGGAAUGUCCAGCGCUGUCUCCAACCCUCUCCUAUACGGGUGGUUGAAUGACAACUUCAGGAAGGAGUUCGAAGAAAUCCUGUGCUGUGGUCGAAAGAAAGGGCAGAAGAAUGAGAAAUUUAGAACUAAGAACAAAAAGAUGGAUACAGAAUUAACAGCUUUAGCGCAGAUUGAGCAUACAGUAACCGCGAACACAAAAACAUCACAGUGCUCCCAAAUUUUCUGACUAAAAACCUGCUUCAAAUAGCAUGAUACGAGUGUCGAGAUGCAACACUUAUGAACUCGAGUCAAUUGAAAUGACAUUUUGUAUAGUGUAUUAUAAAGUUCCUUUUGUAUUGUUAACGCCUAUUGUAAUUAUUACGUUACUAUUAUUGUAAAUGAGUGUCUUCUGUAUGUAAAUAAUUGUAUUGUCUUAUUUUAAUUGCAAAGCAAUAUACGUUUUUAUGAGCCCAAAACGUAAAUUGCUGCGAUUCUUAUAGAGUUAAUAAAUUUAUUAUUGUAAUUUAAUUACGAGAUUAAAGUUGCAAACUGAA